AUGGACCGAUUACGUUCUAGUGGCAAACGAACGACACUUCGAGAUAUUGCAGAAAAUCCUUCGAUACAAAAACCAACACUUGUUCAAAUCGGCACGAGAUCAAUCGUUGUUGGAGAAAAGAUUCAUGGACAAUAUAUUGUCGCGUCUCCAUGUAGAGUAGCUAACAAUCAAUUCGAUAAGUCCGAACAAGAAAUUAUUCUCUCGAGUAAACAAUCAGGUAUUUGGAAAAUAGUUACUGAUGACAACAAUCAUACUCAGCGAUUGACAACAGCUGACAUUGAGAAUAUUCAUACACAUGAUGUAGGAAAAAAACGAGUCACACCGCGGUCAUACAUAUGUACAAAACAAAUCGAAGCAUUUGAACUUCACGUGCGUAAAAACGAUGAUACAGUUUUCAAUAGAUAUCGAAUUGAUCGUAAACGGAUCUGUAUCGAUGAGAAUACUGAAUUUCAAAUAGCAGAUAUUGGUGAAGUUGAAUAUACACCAUCCGAAGGCGAACGAACAUCUCAAGAUUACAUCGUUGUUUCCAAGUCAAAAUCAAGUUCUUUCAUUCAGUUACUUCUACCACAUGUUCAAGGAACUAAAAACCUUAUUCGAAAUCGGGCAUUACGUUCCUUGCAUUGCACAAUUAUCAAUGACCCACAAAAACGUUCGUUUUUACUUGAAGUCAAUGAUCAACGAUAUGAUAUAUACCCAGUGGCGUCGGAAGGCUCAACAGAUUUACGAUAUUUACACUCCACACACAAUCUCUUCAAUUAUUUGUCGAAAUAUGGCAAUGAUCAAUCACUUUGUGUGAAGUUGAUAAAAGGUGAUCGACCGGUUAAAUCCAUAGCAUUCGAUGGUUACAUGAUGUUCAAAAGAGUCCUCAGUGGUGACAAAAUUCCACUCUGCCGUGUAGAUAAUCUCGAAGUCACUCUCGUCAAUCUCGAUUUGACGAUCCCAGUCAAAGUACAAAGUCAUGAUCCAUCACCAAAUAUCCACGCCGCGGAGCAUCGAUGUAUGCAAUUAACCAUCUCUCUACUCAGUCGUCAUGAAUCAGAAAUCUACGUGUCGAUCGAUAUGGAUCAAAAUCCGGCGAAUUUUCUUUUCAAAGAGCAAGCAUCGAAAUUUCGCUCCCAAGAUGAUUUACGUCUAGAACAGCGAAGAAAAACAUCACAUCAUCGUGGAUCUCAGACACCGACAUUAUCUCGAGUAAAUCGACAUGAUGACAAACACUUAUCGAAAUUCAAUCGAGAACAUAUCAAACAAGAAUUUCAGUCAAUUUCAACUGCACAGAAGAUUGUUCCAUAA